AUGAGCAUCCCUCAGAAACUACCGGCCAUCCUGGCCCUGACGGCUAGCAUCACCAUUUUGUUGAGCUCAAUUCUGUGUCUUGCUUUCAAGAUGACGGCCUUCACCUCGUACAUGGAGGAUACUAACGGAGACACGGUCAUGAGAGGAAUAACAACCCCCAGCUACGAGCGAUUCAGUUGGUUCGACGAAUACUCCCAGUACCUCAUGCCUGUCGUACGCGCGCCGCUUAUUAUUGCCGGAAGCUUUGGCCUGUUGUACCAUGGUCAACGAGCCGCACUCAUCAUCAUUCUGGGUGCUAAUGCGCUUUUGGCGACAGUUUCCCCGAUCAACGUAUUGGUGAAGCACGGCCGCAGCGCCCACAUCGACCCUGAAUACAUCUCACCUCCACGUCCCGCUUCAUAUGGCAAGGGAUAUUUCAGCCUGGAGGAAUGGGCGCGCGAGAUUCCUCAUCACAUCAAGGAACUUGGGACACUUAGCCUUGGGCUGCAGUGUGUGGGCGAAAGGGUCAGCCGCAUCUUGAUAGUUGUCAUGUGCUUUUUCAGUCUGGCACUGACGGGAUUGUUGGUCUGGGAUCUCAAUACCACACAAGUUGCUGUGGCAAGGCCGAAGACAAGGAACAGCUGGGAAGAUGACGACUGGGCGUAA